AUGCGAGUCAUCAAGAAGAUAACGCUUGAAAAUAAACUCACAAAAUUCAUUGAAAAGAUGGACUGGACCCCACUCAGCAUAUACUGCUCCCGCUUGAAUGGGGACAUACUGGUGGGAAAGAUAACAAAGAGAGAGGGUAAAGUCACCAGAUACAACGACACUGGAGUUGAAAUACAGAGCUUUCAAAGGGACAACCAAGAGCAAGAGAUAUAUAAGUACCCCUACUACAUCACAGCAAACGUAAAUAGUGACAUCUGUACAUCAGACUACGGCAAAAAAGCUGUAGAGGUCGUAGAUAAAUCAGGACAACACAGGUUCUCCUACAUAGGUCAGGAGUCAAAGUUUGAUUCUUACGGGAUAUGUACCGACAUUCUUGACCAUAUUCUUGUGUGUGAUUUUGGGAGUCAUUCCGUUCAGGUGUUGGAUCAGAAUGGCCAGUUUGUGUUUGUACUACUCACACCACUACACGGGGUUAGUCAGCCCCGUGGCCUGUGUGUGGAUGAGGAUGACUUCCUUUUCGUGACACAGGAUAACACCAACACGGUUAAAGUGUUUCAGUACCUACAGUGA